AUGAAGUUCAAUACGCGUUUCUUGCUCUUGGCCUGUCUCUGCCUGAGCUUGUCCUUGUCCCUGGCAGCGGCAGAGUCAGCUGAGGAUUACGACGAGUCUGAAUUGGAUGCCAGCAAUGGACAAGAUACUGAUGGCGGCGACGGCAACGCAUCAGCCGUAGACGGAGAUGGUGAUGAUGCAGCUGGAGGUGAAGAGGAGGAAGAUGACGAUACAACUUUAGCGCCCACCACUAGAAGAACCACACGCCGUGCAAAUCGCCGCCCCGCACGCAGGCCAAUCCGUAGACAAAACAACAACAACAACAGGCGCAUGAAUAACAGACGCAUGAAUAAUAGACGCAUGAACAACAGGCGUAUGAACAAUAGACGCGUUGCUGGUCUAAGAAAUAGAAACCAACGCGGUUAA